AUGGAGACCGUCCGUCAGUCAUGUCGGCCGAAACACCAGGUCCUGACGCUGAAAUGUUAUCCCCGAUACCAAAAAGGCGUGGCGGAGGUCAAGCCCAACCCCAGCGAGCUCUCUUAUCUGCUUUACUACGCCAGCACACGUCGCAGCAAACUGACCAAGGUCGGCGCCUUCCUGGAGAAGCGAGUAGCUAAAGAUGUUUGGCGCCGUCGAUUGGGGAAUGUGCAGGUCGCCCUUCAUAUCGUGACCGCGUUAAUUGAAAAAGUCCCGCGCGACCUCCCCAUCUAUGCGCGCUCCGUCCUCACUAUCAUCGAGACCGUCCUCAAAUCAAACGACAUUUCUAUGGUUGAAGACUCACUCGAAACCUUCGAAACUUUUUGUCACCACCAGGACAUCGCGAUCAUUGCCGCCGAGCAAGACAUUGCCCACAAGUAUCGCGAAGUGGUCAAUGCUUACGCGGGCUUUGCCGACCCGACCUCCGCAUCAUACUCGUCCUCAAAGCCCAGCCCGCCCGUUGCAAUCCGGUGGCGGAAUGCCGGUCUCCGUGCCAUUAAGAGCGUGGUUAGCACAGAGAGCCUCGCUGCUGAUGGUGGCACCUCCCUGAAACUCAUUAUCCCCGUGAUCCUGGCCAACGUGUACUCGCCCACGGAGGAUGUACUUAUCCCACUCAAGGCCAAGCUCCGCGAGACGGAGACCGGCGAGGGUGAAGGUGUUCGGGCGCACCGGAUAAGUGCCGCCGAUGUGCCCACUCUAGACACCGCGGAUGGGAACCCGGCCCAAGCCAGCCUGUCGACUGCAGACAAUGAUCGUCAGGCUGAGAUGGACGCUCGACUGCUAGCACUACGCUGCCUGGAGAAGAUCAUCGUGUCUGGAAGUAAUCGGGGACAGAUCAGAAUUGCUGCGUCGACAAUUCUGCGAUUCAUUGCUAAACAGAAGUAUGAAAAGUAUGAACAAGCGUCCGGGGAUGCAUCUCACGAAAAAGCCCAAGCUGGAAACUGGGCUACUACGUUGAUCGAGCUGGUGGCGAACUGGUGCCCGGUGCAGGUUCGCUUCGUAAUCUUAAUGACUGCCAUGGAUAUUUUGCUGGAGACUACGCCGAAGGAGGAUGCGCUCGAUUCAUCGUACACCAUUCUUUCCGCGGUGGAUUGGCUUCUCAAAUCCUCUGUCAAUAUGAUCGGAUUGAGUGUGAUGGAUAUUCUGCUUGGUCUGAUGCAAUACGCCUCGAACAUCCUCUCGCCAGUGAACAUCGAGACGGAAAAGAAGAAGCCCGAAGAAAAGCUUCCCAUUUUCACUAGCAUUUUCGCCCCACGCAAGGCGCUGCUCACCUUACUGGAACGGUCCAUCGGAGAUCUGGCCACUCAUAUUUACUAUGGAGAUCAGGUACCUGAUAUGAUACGCGCUAUCUUGCGUCGUUACAAGCCUACCACCAACGAGAGCAUGGUCCAGUCCGCCUUGGCGACCGUCCACGAGACAGGAGGAGAGCCUGCGGAUCUCAGCCAAUCGACUCCAGCAGUCGAAGUGCCUCGCGAACAGACCUAUCUAAUUGCUACUGCCAAAAUCACCUCUUUCCGUGCGGUAAAGGCUAUUCUGGAGGUCGCCAACUCGACUUGCAAACCGUCUACUGCUGCGUCUGAAGUCAGGAACCCGGUCGGUAUCUAUGUUUGGGAAGGGACUCAAGGUCUUCUACGAGAUCCUGAUAGAGGAGUGCGCUUCGCUUACGCCGAUGCAUUCUUGUCAUGGCUAGAGCUUGAAACCAACAAAGACGAUCUCAAGGUGCGGGUUGAUUUACCAAAGAUUGUAAGACCACCGUCAAAGCGCGAUGCCGAGCAGACUGAUAAGGCCACUCGGCGGAGCACAUCAGCUCCUGGACACCAGCGUGAGAAGGUGGCCCUCGCGGCCCAAUCUAUUUUCCUCCGCUUGUUGCACUUGGCAAUCUACGAUUCGGCUAUUGAUUCUGCUUCUUCUGAAACGGAAAUCCUUUUCCUUCACCUCGUCCUUGCCAGCCUAGUUGACCACCUCGGAGUGAAUGCUGUCCAAUACGGUCUCCCCAUGAUCUUGAAACUUCAAGACGAUAGCUUCAUGGACAUUGGGUCUUAUGCUUCGCGAAUAAAUGUGGGUAGCCUUGUUCACGGUUACCUGUUGGCCGUAUCAGAGAAAUUCAACCUGGAGUCUACGACCCCGGGCAUCGAGAUCCAGAGCGAAAUAAACCGAAGGCGGAAGGACGGCCACUGGCUCUCUAGCAUUCGCCUGCCUCCUGCUCAACUUAACGAGAUCAAUAUGGAUGACGAAAAACCGGCCAAUGGCCAUGCAGUCACCCCUCAUCUCAAGCCUUUCCAAAACCUUGACGGACUGGUGGAUGGUAUUGAAGAAUCCUACCGUCAAUUUCCUUCCCCACCACAAAGUCCUCCGGCUUCCCCGUCAGCGCGAGGCUUCAGCUUCCCUGUUCUAAACGCCCCUCCUCCUCAAAGUGAGGCGGAAAACGGGCUCCCCCCUUCAGUGCGGGAACAAUUAUUUUCUCCCUGGUCGAGAGAUGCUUGCUUGGCAUCUGUUGAGCAGGAGAGCGCUAAGACGCUCUCCCUGAGCGGCUCCCGCGGUGGUACGUUGGCCCGCAACAGCAAUGCAAAUGGCGUCAAUGGAUCUCCAGCCGGAUCCGGAGCGAAGGACAACCGCCGUCUAAGCGUACCUGAGGGUUCGCGCACGCCGGAGCCUAGCUCAGGCCGAAGCUCGCCUGUGCGUGCUACCACAUUGCGCCGGGUCCUCUCAGUGAAUGUUGACAGCAACAAUCGACGUCGUAGCCCCCUGCGAGAUCACGUCAAAAACUCAAAUGCUAGCAUUUCGUCUGGCAGCGAUAGCAUGAUAAGCGGUAAUUCUUCUAUAUCUGAUGCGGACGGAGAGGUGCUCGUCCUCCCAGAGGAUGAAGACCGUGGUGAUAGGCAACGUCGCCCAUCAGCAUCAGCCAUUGCGCUUUCAGGGGAGAAGAACCCUCCGAUGGAAGACAACAACCCAAGCGGUGUGGACUCCGACGAUGACAUCCCCCCCCGUUCCACCAAUCCCCACAACCCUCCAUCCUCCAACCGGUCUAAACACGGCCAAACUCACGAACGCCAUGCGAACUCCCUCAGUCGGAACAAGAGCCGAAGCAGCCACAACCUGAAUUCAGCUUCGGAGCCGUUCCAAGGCUUGGACUUCAACUCAGACAAGAGUGAAAGCGACCAACUGCGGCUGCUCUUGGACAGUGCCUUUGUCCCUAGUAACGGCAUACUGACCAACGGAGACCGGCUACAUACUGCCUCAUCCAAGGAUCACUUGCCCCGCAGCUUCUCCACAAGACGCCAUCUCAACGGUGGCAUCGGACGGCCUCCCUAUUGA